GUUCCCGUGCGUCCUCCCACGUCUUUCGAGAUUUUCCGUGAACUCUCUCGUUGUUGAAUUCGAUUGAUCGGGGUCUUCAGAGGUUGCGAAACGAGGUCUCCUUCCUCUCCUGUGAGAGCUUGCCAUUUUUGCCGGAGUGUUCCGUUUGUCUUUUGUUUUCGUUUUCUUUGUGGCGUGCUGCUUCAGAUAUCUGUGUCGGUGGAAGUUGACGGGUUCCUGCAGAGGGUAUCCGACCACCGGGGUCUUGUUCGGCGGAGAGAGGGUCUUUCGUUUGCUCCUUUAUCGUUUUUGGAGGGAGGGGCUAUGGGUUGUUGUUGAACUAUCGUCUUGCUCGGUGAUUCUUGAAACAUUCCGGCGGUUGGUGAGGGAUAAGGGGUUCGUUUUAUUUUGGAUUUGGGGUUUUUGGGAUUUCUUUUGGCGUUUAGGACUUGGGAGCUAUGCAGAAGGUUGCGAUGGGGGCGGCGAUCGUGUGCGCGACGUCGGCGUGCAUGCCGGCGGUGAGGGGCUCCGGCGAGGAGAACCCAGCGGGACUGAUCCUUCGAGAGCUUGACAAGCGGUGCGCGGUGCCGGUUGACCAGCUCCGGCGGCUGGCCGACGACAUGGUGAAGGAGAUGAACGCCGGUCUCGAGUCCGAGGACGGAAACUUGCUCAAGAUGAUCAUCAGCUAUGUGGACAAUCUUCCUACGGGGGAUGAAAAAGGGCUAUAUUAUGCUUUAGACCUUGGUGGGACAAACUUCCGAGUUUUGCGAGUACAGCUGGGGGGGAGGGAAUCACGUGUGGUUAAACGGGAGUUUGAGGAAGUUUCAAUUCCCCCUGAAUUGAUGGUUGGAUCCUCUGAGGAACUCUUUGAUUUCAUAGCAGAAGCUCUUGCAAAAUUUGUUGCUAAAGAAGGUGAAGAUUUUCACAUUGAGCCUGGCAGGCAGAGAGAACUUGGGUUUACCUUCUCCUUCCCUGUGGAACAAACUUCGAUUGCAUCUGGAACACUCAUUAAGUGGACAAAAGGUUUCUCAAUUGACGAGACGGUCGGUAAAGAUAUAGUUGCUGAACUGGCGGCAGCCCUUGAUAGACGAAGUCUUGACAUGCGGGUGGCUGCACUGAUCAACGAUACUAUUGGAACUUUAGCUGGAGGUAGAUAUCAGGAGGAGAAUGUUAUUGCUGCUAUCAUCUUGGGUACUGGCACAAAUGCUGCAUACGUGGAACGUAUGGAGAAUGCUCAAUCAAUUCCUAAAUGGCGUGGGCCUUUGCCUAAAUCUGGACAGAUGGUUAUCAACAUGGAGUGGGGGAACUUUCAGUCUCCUUCUCUUCCAUACACUGAAUAUGAUAAGGCACUUGAUGCUGAGAGUCUCAACCCUGGAGAGCAGAUAUAUGAGAAGAUGAUAUCAGGAAUGUACUUGGGUGAAAUUGUACGGAUAAUCCUAUGGAGAAUGGCUGAAGAGGCUGCUCUAUUCGGCGAAUGCCUUCCAUCUCAACUUAAGAAGCCAUUUAUCCUGCGAACGCCAGUCAUGUCAGCGAUGCAUCAUGACUCCACUCACGAUCUAAGGAUCGUUGGUGAAAAGCUAAAAGAUGUUUUGGGGAUACCAAAUACUUCCCUGAGUACCCGCAAAGUAGUCGUUGAUGUCUGCAAUAUUGUUGCUACACGAGGUGCCCGUUUAGCUGCAGCUGGGAUCUUGGGCAUAUUGAAGAAAUUAAGAAGAGAUGUGGUCGAAGAUGGCGUGCAGCAGAAAGCUGUAAUAGCCAUCGAUGGUGGACUUUACGAGCAUUACACCUACUUCAGAAACUGCUUGGAGGACACUCUCAGAGAGCUGCUUGGUGAUGAAGCCUCUGAAAUAGUGUCCCUUGUACAGUCCAAUGAUGGCUCCGGCAUUGGAGCAGCCUUGCUUGCAGCCUCACAUUCACAAUACCUCUGAACUCCUCCAGCUCCUUUAAUUUUAAUAAAAAUUGGAAGGGGAAAAAAAUUGAGUCCUGAGUUACCUGACUCUUAGGAUUCCCAGAAGCGCAUUCUUUCCUUUUGGUUUCAUAGUUGAUGAAUGCCAGCAGGUCUCUUACGGGAGUUCUGUUUCCUCAUAAUUUAUAGCUACGGGGAAAGAUCCUGGCCACUGGUUGUAUAGCUUGCAGGAUGGGAAGGUGUUCAAAUGGCCCAUUGAAUCCAGUCUUCUUUUCUGUUCCUUUUUCGGUUAUUCCUGCUGAGCAAUCACUGCCAAAAAUUUGUAGUCUACUUUCUUCGAUAUAUUUGAAUAAUCAAAAGGUCAUAUUAUUGAA